UCUGUAUUGAUAGUUUUGUAUCUUUUCUUUUUUCACAUCUUGAGUCUUCAAAGACAGUUUAUGGAUCUGUCAUAAAUAAACACUUUUCCUAUUAUUGGGAAUUCAGGUUUUUCACAUUUAAAUUGUUUUUAGAGGUCUUUUUUUCCGUUUCUUAACAGUCACUGAUUUUUGAGGAACUCUGAUUGAAUGGUCUUGUGUGGGUCACUUUAGAAUUGAGCAUAAUAAGAUUAUUUUGAAAAUAGUUUGUUGAAGGAAUAUAAAUCAGAAAAUUGAGUUGUCUAAUGAGUGAACUUUACGGAAAUAACAAAGUUUUUCAAGUCAAAUCUAAUUCUGCACUGCAAUUGGGUUUCUGUCUGAAACUUAAAGACAAAAACAGUUGUUCUCAAAGAAGUUUUACAAUUCCUUAUCUUGGUCCUCAGAUCAUUACACUGUCUGAUUUAGAAUGUGAUUACAUUAAUGCUAGAUCAUGUUGCUCAAAAUUAAACAAGGAGUGGAAUUGCGUCAUAUGGUUGGCUGUUAUAGGGUACUUACUUUUGAGUAUUUAUACUGACGGUUUGAUUUUCCCUUUGACUGUGCUCACCAGGUUCAUUAUGGUGCCGAGUGGGAACAUGGGAGUGUUUGAUCCGACAGAGAUACAUAACCGGGGGCAGCUGAAGUCGCACAUGAAGGAAGCCAUGAUCAAGCUGGGCUUCCACCUGCUCUGUUUCUUCAUGUAUCUCUACAGUAUGAUUUUAGCUUUGAUAAAUGACUGAAGCCGGAGGAGCCGCGGCCCGAGUCCGCCUGCACGGCAGCACGCAGCCCAGGAGCCUGAGACGGCUGAGCCCAUCCUUAGAACCGGGACCAUAGCAGUAUACUUUUUCCUCUUUGAACAACAAAAAAAAUAUUUUUGCUGUAUUUUUACCAUAUAAAGUAUUUAAAAAACACGAAUUGAGUUUUUGUAGAUUUCUGGUUCUCAACUUUAGCCCGAACCCCGACACGUGUUUCCCGUCGUCUGUGUGUUGAAGAUUGUUACCGGUACGUAGCAGCGGGAGCACCACGCCGGCCUCGCGAGCCAAGACACAAAGGACACAGAUCAGAGGGAAGGCCUACCAGAAGCUCUGCCGAGAAGGCAGAGGGUAGAGCAAGCAGCGCUGUUAACCUGGGCAGAGGAAGAGAGAAAUGACCCCUCUGUGGCAGCUUCUUAUAUUUAAUUCGGUGUCAAGAUUUAUGGGACUGUCAGCUAAAAGUCUUUUCACAAGAAUGUUAACAGGAAAUGGCAUUUCGAAAAAUACAUCUUUCUUUGCAGAAUCUGUGAAACCCUAUAAGCCAUUUGCCCAGGUACAAUGUAAUUCCUGCUUCUAGAAGGGACAAUAAAAAAGCAAAAUUUUAUCAAGAA